UCUCCGUUCCCUUCCCUUUCCCCGGUCUGGUUGAUAUCUCUUCCUCAUUCCUGCCACUUCUCUCUCCUCUCUGCCCUCUUCCGUCCCCUCCUGUUCCCUUUCCGGACACUUUUUUGAAGCGUUCUCUCUUUCCUCUCCUCCUUUCACAUCACAAUGGCUCCCAUUACGGACGAGGUCGUCAACGGCCUGAAGGACACUAUCGGAAAGCUGGAGGCUCGUGUUGAGGAGUUGGAGGGCCGCCUCAGCAACCAGGUCAAGCCUAAGUCGGUUGCUGAGCAGAUGCGCAUCAUCCUUAUGGGACCUCCUGGUGCCGGCAAGGGUACCCAGGCUCCCCGACUGAAGGAGAAGUACUGUGUCUGCCACUUGGCCACCGGUGACAUGCUGCGCUCCCAGGUCGCCAAGAAGACCGCAUUGGGCAAGGAGGCUAAGAAGAUCAUGGAUCAGGGUGGUCUGGUCAGCGAUGAGAUCAUGGUCAACAUGAUCCAGAGCGAGCUUGACAACAACUCCGAGUGCAAGAACGGAUUCAUUUUGGAUGGUUUCCCUCGUACCGUUGCCCAGGCUGAGCGUCUGGACGACAUGCUUAACGCUCGCCAGCAGAAGCUCCAGCACGCCGUUGAGCUUCAGAUUGACGAUGCCCUUCUGGUGGCCCGUAUCACCGGACGUCUCGUUCACCCGGCUUCUGGUCGCUCCUACCACAAGAUCUUCAACCCCCCCAAGGAGGAGAUGAAGGAUGACGUUACUGGCGAGCCCCUCAUCCAGCGUUCCGACGACAACGCCGAUACCCUCAAGAAGCGUCUCGGCACCUACCACGCCCAGACCGCUCCCGUUGUCGAGUACUACAAGAAGACCGGUAUCUGGCGCGGCAUUGACGCCAGCCAGGAGCCUGGCCAGGUCUGGAAGAGCCUGCUCGGUGUUUUCCGCCAGAACUAGAUGCCUUUAAAUGGCAGAGGACGUCCACCUCUGAGGCCGGAGUGAUGUACCUUAGUGAUACCCAUCGUUCCGGUGCUUAUGUCUUUGCCCGGAGGGAGAGGCUUUUCUUGAUUGCCCUCACGGGCCGGCGAAGAAAGGCAGAAAAGAAGAAAGACCUGCAUUAUCCGGGAAUGGAAUUUGUCUUUCUCAUGUCCUUAUAUAGACUCAUGCCUUCCGGCGGGAUAUCUCGGUUUUGUAUAGUAGUAAUUUUCGGAAUGCGAAUAACCUCCGAC